AUGCAACCAGAGCCUACCGAACUUUCAACACCCGCUCCCACCUUGAACAACUCAUCAGAACGUGUCGACGCCUCCCAAUAUGGCUUUCUCGCAAACCAGCUGCCCUCCGCAGACGCGCGUGUCUCUCCUCUCGAUGAGCGCGCAGCAUCUGCAGGUCCAGGAGCAGCGCCGGAUGAGAGCGGAACGCGCUCACCCGGACGCGCGGAACUGCAAGAGCAAUUGGGACGAUUGAACUUGGACGAUAGCAAUGAAACGCGGCCAAAACCCUCCUUCCAGCUGAUCUCCGAGUAUGAAAACGCUUUGUUGCCAUCGACACCUAGAAAGCACAAUGAAGGCCCUGGCUUCAAGGUAGUCAAGAAGCAAAGCAGUACGCUCGACGGACCACAGCUUGAGAACUUCCCAAAUGCAGAGGUUUUGACCCAUAUCUUGUCACACUUACCAGCUUCAUCCCUUUCGGCAGUAUCUCUUGUUUCUCGUCGAUUUUACGGCCUUGUAACGACGCCGCAUGCCUGGCGUAUUGCGUUUUCGCGGUUCUUUCCGGGCCAAGAUGCAGAGAACUAUACCACAAGCUCUCAAAUAAACCGCCGAGGCUCUGAUCAAGAGUCCCGGGAACAGCUCCGAUCAGAACAGCGUUUUUUCACUCGAUUAACAGCUCUUGCGUCCUGGCGCAGCGAAUACAUCCUACGAACGAGGCUUUUACGUAGCCUCGAGAAAGGAAAACCUGCUCAGCUCGCCCCUGGCCGUGGUGCUUCUUCUCGAUCCAACAGUGCCGCGAAUAACGCCAAUGCGGUGGUAACAUACAACUCGCAGCUGUUUGCUACAAUCAAUCAUAUCCAUGCUGUAUUUGGCACUGGUAAGAAAUCGCCACGCUUCAUCCAUGGCACCGACGAGACUGGAACAGCUUGUACCAGCGAUCCUAACAUUGGUAAAAUCGACAAUUGGGGACUUUCUGAUCCCCAGGCGCUGCCUCAGUUUGCGGACCUCUUCGUGGGUGACCGACCGUAUGGAGAUGGUGAAGGGCCAGCAGGCCUUCCAAACUCUAUGGAUCUUAGUCAACCAUUUGGGAUGGUAUAUGGUGAAGGGUUUCCGGGAGGUCAAGCUUACUAUCGACCCACCGAAGAAAUGCGUGGACGAUUUCUUAGUCAACCAACUGACCUCGUCGAUCAUCAAUCUGGCAUCCCCAAGAUUCCAGGCCUCACCGAAGCAAUUUCUGCUGUCUGGAUCGCCAAGUCGAGCUCCGUCCCUUCUAUGACCGACGGCCUAGUUGGGAUCAUGACUGGAUCAACCCUAGGGAUUGUCACUGCGUAUUCCUUAGGUGCUGACACUCCUCACGGACGCCGCAUCGGUAAAGGCCAACUGACCGCAAAAUGGGUACUCAGUCCAGGAGUCCCAAUCAUCAGCCUCAAAGCUGAUGAUUCAUAUAAUUCUAAACGAAAGGCUUCUGGUCGAGUUUGGGCAGUCGCUUUGAAUGCUCUUGGAGAGGUGUUCUACCUCACGACUACUCCAUCUUCCGCUCUUAUUGAGAGCAAGGUAGAUGAAAGCGAUAUUACCAGACUCGCUUGGAGUGCUGGCCGCACAGCUUAUUGGAACCUUGUCGAGUCCUCUCGCCGCGUUGCACGGGAUGACCCAUAUCAUGAGUUCGAGAUCCCUGGCAGCUAUUCACCGAGAUCUUCUUCAAAAAAGAUGAGAUUAUCCAAGGCCCAGAUUGGAGCUGAAACAUUGGAGAUCGAAAAGUUUCUAGGCUAUCGUCCAUCCCAUUUCCGUAAAGUUUGUGAGGGUUGGGACAUGCGAAGAAGGUUGGAAGUCGACUUUGCUGGUGAUGACGGCAAUGGGGCCGGAGAAGGCAUAUUUGUCAUUAAGUGUGGACUUAAUGAGGGUGAGCCUGCAGAAAUCAGAAGAUUCACAAGAUGGAAAUCUGAGCAGGCCCCUCUUGAGGAGUAUCCCUUGCCAAACACCCCGCUAAUGGAGCCAAAGACGACAACGAUGGCAUCAUUAUUUGGCGGCGGCAGAGUGACCACCUCUGCUAAGACUUCAUCGCCAGAACGAUCCCAGACGACUUCUUUGUUCGGUGGAAGUACUGUGAUUGGCCCUGCUAGGGUAACGCCCGAUGAGCGCUCACCGAGCAUACCUGGCAGUCCAACCGUCAAAGUUUUGUCCUCUAACUCUCUCGUAGAGGAAUGGCGAUCGUCAAUAUUAUCCCUCAAGGAUCAUCCUAGUGUCAAAAUCACUACCAGCGCCAUUGAUAUGUCUACGACUGCAUUGUCAACUGUUGAUGAGGAUCCUCUUCGAACCGCAAAUGGCACCUCGACAGUCUCAUCCCCCUUCGCCACUCCUUCUGGCCGGGGCACUCCCACGACGGCUAAUAUUCCUGGCGAUAGAGGACGAUUCCUCGCAAUUGGCACGAAAACUGGUGUCGUAGUAAUGUGGAACAUGCGCGGGCCUCAAUCUACAAAUGCGUCGUUAGUGAACGAACUGCACCCUGUACGGACCAUUUAUACAGACUCACCAGAGAUAUCAUGCCUGGCGGUCUCCGCUCUAUAUGUCGUUCAUGGGGGCAAUGACGGACUCGUUCAGACAUGGGAUCCAUUGGCCUCGACACUCCAGCCAGUGAGAACCCUCAACUCCCGUUUCUCAUCCCGUGCUAGACGUCGAUUGGUUCAGGCGGCAGCAUCAGUCCACGGCGUUGGCAUAAAUCUAUACGCUGCUGGCGCGAUUGCUAUUGAUCCCGACCCAACUGUCUUGCGUGGCAUGGUGUCCUUGGGAACGCAUCUUCGCUAUUGGGCAUACAGCUCCUCGUCAGCAGAUCAAUACCAAAGCAAAAAGCGUCGCCUUCGUCGGUCCAUUGAACGUGGUAGUAACGGAGGCCCCGAUCGAUUUACCAGUACUGGGAGAGGGGCUCUAAUGGAUUACAUAGCAACCGAACAGGAGGAACUCAAAAACGAAAAAAUCCGCAGAGCUCGCGAGGAAGCCAGGCUCCGGGGAAGGUUUGGUGUAGGUUUGGGAGGUCUCAAUGAAGAAGAGGCUCUGCGCUACGCCGAGAUGAUAUCCGCAGAGGCUUUCCAAAAAGAGGAGGAGCGCCGCAUGAGUGACGCCGACCGCUCCGCUGGGACAGGCGAAACAUCCUCUGCGCAAAGUCCUUGGACAAGUGCGACAGUCACACCUGAGGGCAGUGUCCAGGGUCAAAUAAGCUCAUCAGGUCCAAUCAAUAAUAAGGACGAUAACUACGACCACGACCUCGAAGAAGCCAUCCGCCUUUCCUUACUAGACGGUGUUGAUUCCGGCGGCCAUUCGCCCAGAGCAAGCGGAAGCGGCGAGUACAACAUCCCUAUAACCUACAAGCCCAAGAAAUCCCGUCGCUCCGCCUCCUCCUCCCCGUCCACGAGCAAAUCCUCCAAAUACCGCACCCGAGCCCAAGCGUCAGGGAGCAAGAACCACACCGUAGAAGCAGACGAUCUAGAUUUCGCUUUGCAGCUAAGCCUCGCCGAGGAGCAGAGCCGGCUAGAGAUAGAGAGUGCGAUGGCGAUGGAUCCGCGGGAUGAUUUCCCGGGCUUGGAACGUCCCAUUGUUGGGAAGGGCAAGGGAAGAGCGGAUUGA